AUGGACUCCCCGGAUGACCAAAUUACCAGCGAGUCUUCCGUCUGGACCUUUUUCCUUGGUCCAGAGCGCAACAAGCAGACCAUUCAUUCGGAGCUAGCCCGACAUGUCUCCCCGGAGUUGGCUAAGUUCGUCAAGGAAAAGUCCGUUGUGAAGGAUUCUAAGGUCGGCUCAGGCUCCGUCGUGACAUUGGAGGAAUUCGAUGCGGAAACCUUCGCUGCAUUCUGGGCGUAUACGUACCGAGGGGACUACAAGGUCCCCAAACCACCAGUCCCUCGGGGAGAAAAAGACAAGAAGAGGCACUAUGGAUACUCUCAGUCCUACAAGGACAUGGCGAGGGUUUUAUCGCUCGGAAUCUAUGUCCUCGGGAGUGCCACCACCUGCUCCAUCACCACCUCCGGAAUCCGUCGCGUUGAGCCUCAGCCUCAGAUUCAGUUCCAACCCGAGCCUGAACCCCAGCCCGAACAACAGCCGGCCGAGCAAGAGACAUUGACGGAGGCUGCAGCAGACGAAAGAUCAGCGGAGAAUACACCUGCGACACCGGAAGAUAAUGGCUCAUACAAUGAGAAUGUCGUACCGGUGGAAGCUGAAGCUCAGCUUGAACCCGAGGCUGAGGUUGAGAUGGACCCGACACCGGUGAUGGAUAACGACGCUUGGGAUUCGCCAAAGGCUGAGACGAAUAAAAAAGCCAAGAAGGGUAAAAAGAAGAAGGGUAAGAACCAAGCGUCUGAGUUUACCGAGGAGGCACCUGUCAACUUUACGCCGCCAUCAACGCCACCUCCUGAAACCCAGGCAGAUGCAGAUGCAACGCUGGAUGUGCCUGAGCAGUCCUUCGCCAACCCAGACUGGAACGAGUCCACAGCCCCUGAAUCGGAGCCAACAUAUGACAUCCCUGCUCCAGCUGAGCCCGCACCGGAGCCCGAACAAGUGGCAGAGACAGAGCAGCCAACAGAGUGGGAGCAAGAAGAGUAUGCUCAGGGUACUCCACAAGAACAAUGGGAAGAAGAGGUCGAAGAAGAAGCCCAAGUCCCAUCUAAGCCAUCAAUCGACAUGUCCUUUGCCAAACAAUCCCAAGCCGACUCCUCACCCCGCACACCAGGCCUAAGUCUGUGGGACGAGUUCGCCGCCCUCCAGUACAACGACGAGCAUACUCCAACCUCAACCCCCAGCGAAACCACCCACAAAGUCCCAUACCUCACCUUCCAUGCCAAGGUAUACGUCUUCGCCACCCGCUUCCUCAUCCCCUCUCUCGCCCAACUCUGUCUCCGAAAACUCCACCGAGAUCUCCUCAGUCUAGCCCUCGAAGACACAGAUGCAACCCCCAUCCCUGAUUCACAACCUCUUGGCGACUUGGCCGAGCUGCAAGCCCCCAUGGUCCUCGAUCUGCUGCGGUACGCAUAUACGCACACAGAGCGGCUGGAACCGAUCUCCGAGACUGUUGCGACGCAGAUUCGAGAGAAUGAGCUUCGACGAUUGGUGGUUCAUUAUGCGUCCUGCAGGUUGAAGGCGUUGGCGAGGUAUCAUUCGCCUGGAGAUAGUGAGGCCGGUACACCGGCUGUGCGUCCGAUGGAUGCUAAGGUGGAGCGGGCCGAUAAUGGACCGCCGAGAAAUCUUCGGGUGUUGUUGGAUAAGACGCCGGAGCUGGCCUCUGAUGUGGUCUUCCGGAUGAUGUGA